AUGCGGUUGGGUCGUCUUGCCUCGUCGCUGGCCCUCGUCUUUCCUGUCGCAUUCGCAUUGCACGAGUCCGAUGUCGGUGUCGUCGAUUGGCACAAGAAGCUCGUCGGUGUUCCAUUGACAUCCUCGUCCACCACCGCGCCAGUCUUUCAUCGUGUCGGGGAAGAGACAACGCACAGCGUCAUCUUGACCGCUACCGCAAGUAAUGUUUUAGCUGCCAUAUUUCCAGAGAAUGGCACUGUAGCUUGGAGAUAUAUUCAUGAGUCGGGGGACAACAUAGCGAGCUUCUAUAUCCACAAAAACGUCGUCGCUUCGUUGUCUGGGCCCGGAGGAGCGACAUUACGCACAUUCGACAUUCUGAACGGCCACCUUCUGCUGGAACAACGGAUACAUGAACCGUCUCAUGGGCAUUUAUAUGAGCCAAGUUACCUCGGGACCUCUGUGGCCUAUGCUGCAGAGGGCUCCGACUUGGUUGUUCUGAGCAAUGGGGGGCUCGUGCAAUGGUUGGACAAUCUGGGAACUGUGAAAUGGAGUUGGAGUUCUUCAGAUCCGAGCGCCCUUGUCAUAUUCUCAAAGGUGGUGACAACGACGACCCACGUCUACGCGAUCGGCCUCUCCAAGACGCCCUCCUCAUACAAAUUACAUGUCGCCGUUCUAUCAGCAGGUACCGGUGAACUCACCCAGUCGUCGGACAUCCCAUCAUCUAUCACCGCUGGACUAAAUGACCUUAUGGUUGUGAGGCGAGCGGACGAAGUUCUUGUCGUAUGGCUUGAACAGGGAUCCUUAAAAUAUCUGACCCUUUCCCCCAACCUACAAUCGUCCCCGACCGCCGUUAAAGGGUCUGCAUUCAAGCGCAUCGUUGACGUUGGCCUCAGCGAAUACGGCCAAUUCCUUGCUGUGAAAGAUGAUGGCUCUAGUCGCAUCUUCAAGCUAGAUGGGUCGGCUCUCAAAUCUAUCUGGGAAUUCUCCGCAUCUGGUAAUAAGCACGCUGAUCCUAUAUUCUCUGGCGGUCGGGACAAAAAGGGCAACCCGUACAUUGCUCAAGUGCGGUGGUCGCAUGCUCUCAAUCAAGCCGCGGUCGACGUAUAUACAGGCCAUUUGGGCAAAGGCGUCAUGACAGCCUACACCUUCCCUUUCGACACUCAGAGCCAUGGCAUCAUUACUCAUGCGACCCUCGAUUGCGUCAACCCCAGCGAAAUGACCGUCGUCUCGCGAUUGGCCAUUACUACGUCUACCGGCGCUAUGCAACUCUGGCAACAAAGUCAGCACCAGUGGACGCGGGAAGAGUCGCUCUCUACCAUUGCCGUCGCUGAAUUCGUCGAGCUGCAGGAGAAAGUGGAUAUUUCGCACAUACCUAAGGAGCGCGAAACCUUCGGUCAGCGUUUGCAAAGGCAGAUAAUGGAGGCCCAAGAUUUCCCUCAAUAUGCCCUGAAAUUCGUCAAGCGCUUCGCGACGGGAUCCUAUGCCUCCGCAUCAUCAGCAGCCGUGGCCCCCGAUUCCGCUGGUAAACCAUACCGCGACGCCUUUGGUUUCAGGCAGGUCAUCGUCGUCGCUACUCCGUACAGCAAGGUGUUCGGUAUCGACUCAAGCAACGGCGAGAUUCUCUGGAGCAGGAUGUUUGGCCUCGGGUGGGCAGCGGAGACCGGGGGAAGCAUUCGGCCUGUGAAGCUUUAUGUCACGCAGACGGUGCACGAUGGAGAUUCGCCCCAGGUCGUUCUUGUUGCUCAACGCAGAGCAGAAAAUACCCUUAUAGAUACAGUCGUUUAUCACCUAGACGCAUCGAGCGGAGAGAACGUAGCGCCGGGAGUCGUCGAUAAGGAUGUUCUUGAGGGCGUUGAUAUCAUAUCGGGCCCGCUAGUCGAAUCCUUCAUCUUACCCGAUCAUAAAACGGUCGUGAUGUUAGACGAGUUUCUUCAAGUCUACCUAUACCCCGAUACCAAGGAAGCCACAGCGUCCUUUACCAAAUUGGCGCCAUCCCUUCACUUCCCCCUUCGUGUCAACGUUGACGGUCAGCGACGACUCGUCGGCCAGCAAGUCAGCCUCAAUACGGAACUCAGCGACCGCUUCGUCGCUCACCCCACUUGGACGCUAUCCCUUCCUCCUUCUGAAGAUAUCCAGACGCUAUUGCCCGCCUCGCACGAGCCCAUCGCGUCCUUCGGGAAAGUCCUAGGCAACCGCACGACGCUGUACAAAUACCUCAACCCAAGGAUGUUCGCGUUGUUGACUGCGCCGAAGGCCCAGCCGGCAUCGUGUACUAUCUAUCUAGUGGACAGUGCCAAAGGGAGCGUGCUCCACCGCACGUCUGUCCCCGCUAGUGGGGGCGUGUGCGAUGUGCAGAUGUCGCUCGUGGAGAACUGGUUCUCGUACUAUUACUAUGAUCCGGAGUUCACUGGCGUCGGGCAAAGCAAGGGACAUCGGAUGGUCACCGUCGAGCUUUACGAGGGGAGUCAGGUAGACGAGAAGACUAAAAGCUCAGAACUAUCUGCGUUUUCCGACAAGCUGCUGGAUGUGUCUACCUUUGAGCAGGCGUAUAUUUUCCCGCACGGCGUGACGGCGUUGGCAACAACAUCAACCAAGUUCGGGAUCAGCACGAAAGAUCUCAUAGUUGCCACGAAGAACCAUAAAAUCUUAUCCAUACCUCGUCGGGUGCUCAACCCAAGACGCCCUAACCGAAAGGUCACGGCAGAAGAACAGGAGGAACAAUUAAUCCAUUACGAUCCCCUCAUCCCCGACGACCCCCGACGGACAUUAUCUCACAACUACGAGGUCGCGAACGUUCGGCGGAUAGUUACCGCGCCCGCUCUGCUCGAAUCGACGUCACUCGUAUUUGCCUACGGAUUGGACCUUUUCUUCACGCGCGUCGCUCCGUCGAACACGUUCGAUGUCCUCAAUGAGAACUUCAAUAAGGGGCAACUGGUGGUCACAGUCACUGGUCUGGCCGUCGCGAUAAUGGUUACGAGACCCAUGGUAAAACGUAAACGUCUACGGGAGCGAUGGUAUCAGUAA